AUGCGGAUACUGAUGGUGGGAUUGGACGCCGCCGGUAAGACCACCAUCCUCUACAAGCUGAAGCUGGGUGAGAUCGUCACGACGAUACCCACGAUAGGGUUCAACGUCGAGACAGUGGAGUACAAGAACAUCAGCUUCACGGUGUGGGACGUGGGCGGCCAGGACAAGAUCCGACCCCUGUGGAGGCACUACUUCCAGAACACGCAGGGCCUGAUCUUCGUGGUGGACAGCAACGAUCGGGACAGGAUUGGAGAGGCGCGCGAUGAGUUGCACAGGAUGCUGAACGAGGACGAGCUGCGCGAUGCAGUGCUGCUGGUGUUUGCCAACAAACAGGAUCUGCCCAACGCGAUGACUGCAGCCGAGAUCACUGACAAACUGGGUCUGCACUCACUGCGCCAGCGCCACUGGUACAUCCAGAGCACUUGCGCGACAUCUGGGGAGGGAUUGUAUGAGGGGCUGGACUGGUUGUCGGCCAACAUUGCCAACAAGCAGUAA